CUUCCUGUUUACUUCCUGUUAGGCCCCCACGUACAGAUAAGUGAUAUCUGAAGAGUUGUGUUCAUAAAGUUGGGCCGGUCAGGCAGCAGGAUGCAGUGGGCAGCCUCAGCACCAGCCAGAUAAUCCGGACCCUCUGGACCCUCUGGACCGUCUAACUGGACCGCUGUCAGAACCAUGGCGAGCGGAGGUUCUGGGACGUGGUGCACUGAAGGAUGGGGCGGGCCGGUCAGCAGCAGCGUGCAGCAGAGGAAGAGACUGUCGUCCAUCUGUGACAGCUGUAAGGCCAAGGUGCAGCUGGUGGCCGACCUGCUGCUGCUGUCCAGCGACACCAGACCGGUCCUGAGCUUCGAAGGUGCGGUCCUGGCCGACACCUUUGACCAGUGCCGCGACACGGUCAUCGCUCGGACCAAAGAGCUCUCCAUCCUGACCCACGACAUCCAGAGCCAGCUCAACAUGGGCCGUUUCAGCGAGGUGGGGGACCGCCUGCUGGAGAUGGCGGACCUGGUGGUCUCUCUUACCGAAUGCUCGGCCCACGCCGCCUACCUGGCCGCCGUGGAGAGCCCGGGCUCUCAGCCCUGUCUGCCGGGCCUGGUGGACCGCUACAAGGUGACCCGCUGCCGGCACGAGGUGGAGCAGAACUGCGCCGUCCUGCGAGCGUCGCCUCUGCCGGACCUGACCCCCCAGCUGCUCCUGGAGCUGUCCCAGAACAUCUCCACCAGCCUGAAGACCCUGUCGGACGUGUCGCUGCUGGCCAGCGACGGCUCCAGGGACCGCUUCGCCAAGGAGCAGUUCAAGCUGAGCGUGAAGAGCAUCAGCACCUGCGGGACCGCCUUCCUGGCCUGUGUCAGGGAGGUGAAGACCCAGCCCAGCGACCUGACCCGGACCCGCUGCGUCCUCUUCAGCGCCGCCCUGGUCCAGGCCGUCAGCGCCCUGGUGGGCUUCGCCACAGAGCCUCAGUUCCUGGGCAGACCUGCCAGUGUCUCCCCUGAGGGGAAGGGGGUCCAGACUGCGGUUCUGGGCGGAGCCAUGAGCGUGGUGUCGGCCUGCGUCCUCCUGACCCAGGGUCUCAGAGACGUGGCCCAGCACCCCGACAGCAGCUCCAAGAUGGCCGAGUACCGCGAGCGCCUGAGGAACUCUGCGUGUGCGCUGUCUGACGGCUGCACCCUGCUGACCCAGGCUCUCAGGGAGCGCUCGUCCCCCCGGACCCUGCCCCCGGUCAACUCUGUCUCCUAGUCCUGGACCCGCAGGGCUCCUGCGACCCACCAGACACAGCAGAACUGUUGGACUGCAGCGGGUCUCUGGAACRGGCUCUGCAGGCCUCUGAGUCGUGCUGGAUGCGACCCAGACCCUGGAAGAAGCGAGGACUCAYACACUGGUGGUCCUGGUGGUCCUGAUCCGGAGUCAGCAGCAGUUUUAUUGGAGUUCUGUUAAAGGAUUCUUUUAUUUUCACUAAGUGUUAAAGCUGCUGUGUGUGUGUGUGUGUGUGUGUGUGUGUGUGUGUGUGUGUGUG